AAAACGAGAGAAUUUUACCCCGAUUUAGGGCGGUGGGUUCAAAUGCGAUAUGGGGGGGAAAUUGUGGUUCUGGGUUGGCGACAUUGUUUUCAUUGACAGACUGACAGUAGCCGGUUGACAUGCCCAUCGGAUGGUUUGGCGAAAAGUAAACAAGUUUAAAUACAGUACACGUGAUAAAAGUAAAUUAUAGCAGCAGUUGCUAAAGUUGUUGUAGAAGUUAGGAAAAGUCGAAAUUACCAAUGAAAUUUUUGAAUAAGCGCUCCUGACUGUGUUAGUAAACAAUUCGCGCUGGAUAUGGAAUUUGCGGGAGAGGACAUACAGAUCAAAGAAGAACCAAUAUCAACUGACCCAUACCACCCACCAGAAAUUGAACAGAUCUACAUUAAAGAAGAAAAUCUUAAAUUGGAAACUCCUGAAGAUAAUGAUGCACAUGACCCACUUAAGGUGGAGGAAGAUGAGUUUGUCUCAGAGGAAGAAACUGGUUUUCCACCUGAUGCCAUACACAUUAAAAAAGAACCUGAGGUCCAAAUUGAAGCAGAACCAACAAGUUGUGAGAGUGAACCAGAAAGUAUUAUCGCCGUUGGCGUGGUGGAUGACAACAGGAAUGGUGGCAAUGGCGGUUUCGUUACCAGAGCUGAGCUGCCUGCAGAAAGUGACAGCGCCAUGCAGUGCUCCACCAACCAGGAAGUAUCCUAUCAGUAUAAAAGUGAUGCACGACCACUCGUGCAUAGCUGCAUCAUCGGCAAAAAGACGUUUGCACAUUUCCAGGACCUGGUGGAGCACAGUCACGUGGAUACCCGCGAAAUUCGGCACUCCUGCGUUGUGUGCCACAAGACAUUCACAACUACUACCAGUCUGAAGAUCCACUUCCGACUGCACACUGGUGAACGCCCGUACAUUUGUGACAUGUGCCAUAAGACAUUCCGAAGAAGCGACUGUUUGCGGUACCACGUACUUCGACACGUGAACCAGUGUCCCUACAUCUGUGAAGUGUGUCACAAGACGUUCAUGUGUCGAAGGGAACUGCAGAUCCAUUCGCGAGUGCACACAGGCGAACGCCCUUACGCUUGUGACGUGUGUCGUAAGACAUUCGUAAGCACAAGCGCCCUGAAUGCGCAUUCGGUUGUGCACGCAGGGGAAGGUCCCUACGGCUGUGAGGUGUGUCAGAAGAGAUUCACGCGCCGAAGCAACCUGAUCAGUCACGCCCGACUGCACACUGGGGAACGCCCAUUCAGCUGUGGCGUCUGCCACAAGAAAUUUUCACAUAGAUCAAACCUCAAUCGACACUUGAAAGUGCAUUUAGUUUAGUGCCCUUAUUGCUGUGACGUGUGCCACAAGAGGCUAAAGACCAGAAACAUGGAAUCUCAUGUCUAGUCCUUUUACUGUCUGUGCUUAUAUGGCUGAAUCGGUCUCAAUGUCUAUCAGAGGGGAUUCUUUGGUAGUUAGCUUGUGUUAGGCUAAUAGGGUAAACCUAAAUAACUUCACGAUAUUAAGAAUUGUAAAUGAAAAAGCUAAACAAAUAUCCAAUCUACAACCUGUCUAUUUUACAUGUGAUAAUGGUACAUUGCACUACUAAUCUAUGAUAAAAUGUAGUAAACAAAGUCGGUAUGCUACCUAACGUCUUUAUAGCAUAGCCAAUUCUAUGACACUACACAGGGUGUCCCAUUUAUCUUGACCACCCUAAGUAACUGUUUCUCCAAAUGCAAAUUACAAAAUGUUUCAAGCAAAUGUUCCUUUGCCGUCAGGGGGACAUCAAUCAGCAUCAUUGCCUUCGUUGUAGCUUUAUUUUUUACAAAGAUAUGAACAGCAGUAUGACUUUCUUAAAUCACACCCUGUAUUUUUUAUUCCUUGUGACUAAGACGUUCAAUAUCAAUGGUACUUUGUCAAACGAUUGUAGAGUGGUUUUUAAUCACCUUAAGUUAUUCAUGUGUUAGUCGCGCAUUCCAGUUGAUAUGUUUAAUGCUUGGGGUCCCUAAUAUACCAGCAUGGAGAGUGGGUUUGUGUGGAGAGAUAACAAGGUAGCGCAAGCUGUUGAGUACUUGUCAGCUAUUGGAGUUUUGGUCGAGAAAUACUUACGUUAACAAAUUCACAAAAUUUUGAUACUCAAGCCAGAGGAUAUGUUCUGGUAGACGAUAAGAAGCACAGAUAAUCUUACCGCAAUAAAUCUUGGCCUGCGAUAUUUACUUGAAAAUCUGGAGCGAACUUUUAUCGUAUUGCUGUUCAUUAGGCGUCAGAUGGAUGUGUACCACCAACAGGUGCAAUUCUCUAAUUCCACUCCGCUUUCGAAAGAAUAUCUUGAUACCCCGACUCUAAUGCUGUGACCGAGCGAGGUGGCCGAGUGGUUAGCACACUGGACUCGCUUUCGGGAGGACGACGGUUCAAUCCCGUUUCCGGCCAUCCGGAUUUAGGUUUUCCGUGAUUUCCAUAAAUCGUUUCAGGCAAAUGCCAGGAUGGUUCCUUUGAAAGAGCACGGCCGAUUUCCUUCCCAAUCCUUCCCUAACCCGAGCUUGCGCUCCGUCUCAAAUGACCUCGUUGUCGACGGGACGUUAAACACUAACCACCACCACCACCACCACCACCACCACCACCACCAUCUAAUGCUGUGGGCACACGUGGCUACUAACAAACGUAAUAGCGAGGCACACAUUCACGAUUCUCCUUACUUCAUAGCAGACAGCUCAAUAAUUACUAGUGUCUAGAGAAACCGAAUAAGCGAUUAGAGAUUGUGAGAUGGGGUGAGCAGAUCCGAAAGGGACAGGUGGCCCACAUUACUUCCUGUAGCCGAGCAUAGAAGCGAUGAUGGAAUCGUAUGCUGUGUCUGUCUGGAACCACGUGGCGUAAGUGCAGUAAAAAUUUGAAUGAGUGAUACCAAUGUAUGCACAUCGAAGGAACGUCUUGCGAAGACCUGUUCAAGGAAAUGUGGAUACUACUGCUUCCCAGUACAUUUAUUCCUUAAUGUUAUUUGUAAUAGUUAAUACAUCUCUGUCUUAAACUAACAGCUCAAUUCUUGUAAUCAGUACUAGACAUAAGAACAACCUUCAUAAAGAUCAAUGGUCCAGAAAGGCGUCCAUUAUUCAGGAACACAUACUUUCAAUAACUUACCAGCAACCAUAAAAAGUGUAACUACUUAUAAAAUUUAGUUUAAGCGGAGCCAAAUAGAAUUUAUUUAUAUCCGGCUGAAUUUCUCCACUUUUUAGCAGAUGUGACUGAUGUAUAUAUUGCUAAUCUUAUCAAGUAACGUGAGUGUUACUUGAACUGUGACUUCUGCAUAUCUCUCGUGUAGUAUGUGAACAGUGUAUGGCACAUGUAUAUAUGAAUGACUUUUCGCUUAACAUUCAGUAAGCAAAAUGCUACAUGUGCAGAUGAUACUAGAGUUAUAAUAAAUCCUAUUAGAGAGAAAGCAAUAGAAGAGUUAGCAAAUAACAUUUUCCAAAUAAUUAUUAAGUGAUUUUCUCAAAGUGGGCUCUCCCUAAAUAUUCAAAAAAAAAAAAAUACAUUCAGUUCUGAAAAAGAAAUAAGUGUCAUACCAACAGUUGAUGUAACACGUGAGCAGGAACCCGUGAGUAGUACAGAAUGCUUCAAAUUUUUAGGUGUACGUAUUGAUGAAAACUUGAACUGGAAGAAGCUCAUUACUGAGCUUCUCAAACAAUUACGUUAAGUUAUUUUCGCUCUGUGUAUAAUUGCUACUCUUGGAAACAAGCGUAUCAGCUUCCUGACACAUUUUACAUAUUUCCACUCAAUAAUGUCGUACGGAAUAAUUUUCUGGGGUAACUCAUGACUUGGAGAAAAAAUAUUCAUUACAUUAAAGCUUGCAGUAAGAAUACUAUGUGGUGUUCAGCAACGGACACCAUGUAGGUACCUGUUCAAGGGGCUAAGUAUUUUAACUGCUCCGUCACAAUACAUAUUUUCGCUAAUGAAUUCGUCAGAAACAGCCCAUCACAAUUUGGGAAGAACAUUGACGUAUAUCGUUACAAUACUAGAGGGAAAAUAAUCUAUAACAUAAAAUAUCUUACAAGUAGCGAAUCAAGAUUUAAAUCCAAUUUGGAAUCACUUCUCCUGGACAACUCAUUCUAUACCACUGACGAAUUUCUACUUAAAAACUGAAAGCCAGUAAAAAAAAUCUUGUUUUUAUGUGUAGUUGCGUGAGUGAGAGAAUAAAAUGGUAAUGUGUUCAUUAAUGUUAGCACUAAUAAUGUGUACAUAUCCUGAAUCUUUCCACGUCAUUUCGAUAAAAGAAUCGCUCAAAGGGUCUAUGGAAAUGUAACUAACUAAGUGAUGUACACUGCUUUUCUGUUUAAUGUUGCAUGGCUGCAACAGCCUAAAAGUAAUCAUAUGCAUCUCACUGCACUAUACAUUUACGUAUUUUGUGACCAGUUUGUAAUUUAUUCUUAGUUGAAAAUAUGUUUCAAUUUUUUAAAUUUAUUUUUAUAGGUAAAUAUUAUCUACACUUAUUUUAUGACUUUUCGACUUCGUUUGUAUCUCCUUACUAUGGAUCUAUGGAACAACCUAGUGUAUGUAAUGUAAUAGAAAUGGGAGGGAUUAAGUAGCCACCUGUAAUAAAUUUUUGCUGGCUUGGAUUAAAACGGCAAGUUUACUGCCUAUGCAUCGUCCAGAAGUUGCUCAACAGACGUGUAUGUGUUCUUUAAAUGGAGGUACGAAGUACAAAAGGGUGAACCCUAACUUUUGUGUGUGAGAAGUUCCUAAUUAAUUCUGAACAUGAAACAGUUAUGUUCCUGUGGCAGACCUUCUGUGAUCUUCUUGGAUCUUAGAUCAAAUUUGUGAUGUUAUCCUGGUACGAACUUCAAACGUGAAAUAAAUGGUUUCUGUGUA